AUGAUCUCUUUGUUUAAUUUUAUCUCCGAGAUUUGAUUUGAAUACUUACUAUCGGUUGGCGUCAGGACAGAGUGGAGCGGCUAACUGAGAGACUUCCCCUCAGCCAACAUCCCAGAAGGGUGACACAACUCAACUUCACCACAUACACACUCUCUGUCGUGUCGUCUGCGAUUAUCAUCUGUCAGGGCGCGUGUGUGUCGAGGUCAUGUGGAGGAAGGCCGUGCUGGUGGCGCUGUUGGCGUUGGGGAUGGGGUAUCUGUACCACACUGACCCGGAGCUGCCGGCCCGCGUGCUGAACUACGUCAGCGAAUCCCUGCCGCAGAUGGAGCAGAGCGGCAGCUCCGAGCCCCGCCCCCCGGUGCUGGAGGAGGCCAUCGCACGCGCCUGGGAGACCCUCAUCACGGCUCCGGCCCGACGCUGGGCGAGAGUGGCAGUGGGGGUGAACGCCUGUGUAGAUGUGGUGGUGUCCGGGGUGGGGCUGCUGCAGGCGCUCGCUCUCGAACCCGGAUCUGGCAGAGACCACGGGGUGCUACACAGCAAAGAGGACCUGAAAGAGGCCUUCAUCCACUACAUGGGGAAGGGAGCUGCCGCAGAGCGCUUCUUCUCUGAUAAGGAGGUUUUUCAAAGGAUCGCACGGGCGGCUGCAGAAUAUCCCGGCGCUCAGCUUUAUGUGGGUGGAAACGCUGCUCUUAUUGGCCAGAAACUAGCGUCUAACCCAGAGCUUGUAGUCCUCUUAUGUGGUCCGGUGGGGCCAAAGCUUCAUGAUAUGCUGGAUGAACAGAUCAUAGUCCCACCAGAAUCUCUGCAGGAGAUGGAUGAGUUCCACCUGAUCCUGGAGUACAAGUCAGGUGAACAGUGGGGUUCCUCGAGAGCUCCUCAGGCUAACCGCUUUAUCCUGUCCCAUGACGUGUCCAACGGUGAAAUGAGCACGCUGGAGACAUUUGUGGCCAGUCUGGAGGAGUUCCAGCCGGAUCUGGUGGUUCUGUCCGGACUGCAUAUGAUGGAAGGAAUGGGCCGGGAUCUUUGGGAGGAACGACUGAAAGAGGCGGUGGUUGCCAUCUCAGACGUGAGGAACGAGGUGCCCAUCCACCUUGAGCUGGCCAGUAUGACAGACAGAGACUACAUGAACCGGAUCCUGCAGGAGCAGGUCUUGCCCAUCGUGAACUCCAUCGGUCUGAAUGAACAGGAGCUGCUGUUUUUAACUCAGUCCGGAGGUGGACCUCACGCUGACCUCGCUUCCUGGGACGGGAUACCCGACGUGGGCCGCGUCAGCGACAUCCUGCUCUGGGUCCUGGAGCAGCACGGCCGGGCGGACCCAGAAUCCGAAGCUGACCUGACCCGGAUCCACUUCCACACGCUAGCGUACCACAUCCUAGCUACGGUGGACGGCCACUGGGGAAACCAGGAGGCGGCGGUGGCCGCGGGCGCCCGUGUGGCCAGCAGUCAAGCCUGCGGUCUGCAAGCGGUGGAUGUUACGAAGGUGGUCCUCAGGGCACCGCUGAACUUCUACAGCUCCUUCUCAGAGCCGAGGAAGAGCCUAACGGUGGACCCGACCCGACCGGUCACCGUGUGGCGCAGAGGAAACGUCUCGUUCCAUCUCACACCCGUCCUGGUGUGCAAACAGCCUCUGAGGACUGUGGGAUUGGGCGACGCCAUUUCCGCCGAAGGACUUCUGUUUACAGAGGUCACGCCUCAGCCUGAGCUCUAAGAGACGCCUCUCGUCCAUCCUUUUGAAGAUACGUCCUCGUCAUUAGAUGCUAAAGCUGGGGAAACAGACUCACAGGGCAUCAAACGACAGGAUGUUUUUCAGCGCAAAACCAUUUCGAGAUGCAGAGCACUGUCCUUUUGUUGUUGCUACUUUUGUCUAAAAUCACAUUGUGAAAGACGGCACUGAACGUAACGACGUGAGCCAGCCUCCACCAUUUUUUUUAGAGGUUAAUUUAACCAAAAAUGAACGUUCGGUCAUCAUUCGCGCACCUUUAAACCUAAACGACUUUCUUUAUUACAUAAGAAAUUGUCCAGAAGUCAAAGUCAGAUAGUUUUUGGUGAGUAAAUGAUGACACAAUUUUUAUUUUUGGAAGAACUACUAACUUUUUUUUUUUUUUUUAACUAUAAUAAGAGGAGAUCAUACUCUGGUUAACAGGUGUACAAGACCUGCGGCUGCUACUGGGACGAAUGAAAGUGAACAAGAGAAUGAUUUUAUAGUCUUAAAUGUCCCAAAUCUCCAUUGUAUUCCCAAACGCUCCUUUAUUUGGUUUAUGAACGUUUAUAAGUAGCAGAACCAGAAGGCCGUCAGGUUUACCAGGUUUAUCCAGUGAUGUGCUUUUUUUCCUUAAUCUGAGUAACGUUAAGUUCUUAUGGAAGCAUGUUUCUACCACUGAAUAAAAAAUCUCUGUAUUCUCUCUGAAUUGCAAUAUAUAAAGUCAGAAUUGUGUGAUAUAAACUCGCAGUUGCGAGAUAAAAUGUCGCAAUUACCUUUUUCUAUUUUUAUUCAGUGGCAGAAACAGGCUUCCAUAAGUUCUCUUAACAUAAUGAAGCAUAAGUGAUUAAAACAAUGAUCCUAGGGUCAAUCUGAAGUCUUAAUAAUUCCUAAAUAUUAGUUUAUAGUUAAUAGUUUAGAUCACCAGCUUACCUGCCGGGAUUGUGGCCAUCAUUUAGUGCACACAUUAUUAAACACCAUUCAUUAUUCUUGUCUUAAUCUUAAUGUUCUUUAAGGUGGGAACCUAGCUGUAGGUUUUUGUAAAUUGGAGCCAGCAUCAGUUGUAUAUAAUAAGAGAAAUCGUAAAUAUUUUCCUUUCAUUCUGGUUUGGCCAGCCGGUUAUCUGUAUGUACUGUAGGUGGCGUUAAUGACGACUGUUGUGAUUUAUGAUGCUUCCUGUUUUUAAAGGUUACACAUAAUGAAUCUGUCAUUUAUUCUUUUAAGUCAUGAAGUUACCAUGUACCUUCCAAACACCUCUGAUGUAUGAUUUUUAAUUUGGGACGUACUAAUUAAUAUCGAUGUGUGAAAUUUCAUCUGUCUUAAACCAGCCUUAAACCCAUUUUGAGGCUUUUUAACGAAUGCAGUUUUAGAAACAUUGAGUAGUGUUUGUGUUUCAUGAAUGAGGCAAGACGUUCGAGAAAUGCCUCGGAUCAUGAACCUCAUGGAUUCCAUCUUUUGUACUGUAUUUCUGUAACACUCCAUACUGCUGCUGUUAGUUUCUCAAACCAACAAAAGAGGUGACUUUUAACAUCAAAACCUUGAAUUUUACAACAUCUUUCAGGCAAAAUAUGUUUCCAUCACUGUAUUUAGAAUUGAAAUCAGAGUUAGCAUGAUUUAAAUUGGCAAUAUCACAACUAGAGUCAAAGGUUUUAGUCUUGUCACAUGAACUGGUUACUAAUGGAGUGAAUGGAACUUCAUCAAUUCAUGCAGCAAUACUUAAAGAUGAUUUUGUUGUUCAGAUGCUGCAAAUGUUGAGUGUUGGUGUGAGAAACUAACAGAAAGUUCACAUUCAUGAAACUUAUCUUGACUAUAUCAAAUGUUUUAGGGUUCUAGUUUGCACACGUGAUUAUGCAACAAAGUCUUUAAGAGUUACUGGGCAAAACGUCCUUCAAUCAUAAACGUUGAGACUAGAAAUAUUAGCUCUGUUAACUUGAGUAUGGAAUAUUUUUAUAUGAAUAAAACACUUCUGUACCGGGUA